CAUUGAAAUCAAGAUUUAAUGCGUUAGAAGUAGAGAAGGAUGACUCUUUGUCUACAAUAUAAAAUGUUUGUGAUUAGGAAGAGAGAAUUCGUAAUUAAAAAAAAUAAAAAUAAAAACACACAAUUGGGUCACUGUUCUUGACAAGACCAAACCAUUUUUUCUUUGCUCAUUCCUCUCUUCUUUUUGCCUCUCUUUCAUCUCCAAAUCAGUCCUCUCUUUCAUCCCUAUCCUCUCCAUCGCCACCCACUGACCCAGGCAUCUCCUUCGGCUCAGGAUCUUUCCCUCCCUCCCACACAAACCUCGGUUCAAGAUUCAACGUGGCCAUGAAAUCAAGCUCGGGCUCUCAAACAGAUGGUUGGCUCAAAAAGAAAGUGGAGAUCAAGAUCAGUCGUCCCACUCACUGGAACAAGGACACUAGUGAAUGGAUUAGUAAAGGGGUUGAGACUGAACACAACUGUUCCUUACAGAACCUCGUUCCAGGGAAAACAGGUUGCUGGGUGGACACAAGUAUAUGGUGAUAUAUUAUCUUUUGCAACCAUUAGAGGAGCAUCACAUGGAGCUCCAUUUUCACAGCCAAAGAGGUCUAUUGUGUUGUUUAAUGCAUUCUUGGAAGGAAAGCAACUACCACAAGCCCUAUAAUUUACUGAGCAAGUUCAUAAAUAAAUUAAUUUCAUAUCAAUUUGUCAACUGUCAAAACACUAAUUCAUUAGUACCAGUAGAACCAUUGAUGAGGGCAUAACUAUUGAUGUGUUGCAAGAUUUUCACCUGGCAUAACCAGUCCUGCUUUCAGUCAAGAUUUUCACUUCCCAA